AUGGAGGGGUUGCUUGACUGGGCGGAUAGGGUGUCCCCGUCCUCAGGUCCCACGUCUACCACAGACAAGGGGAAGGACAAAGACAUGCUGCACCAUGCCGCGCUGUUCUUUGUGCGGCGCGUGCGGGCGUGGUUGUUGGAGAAUUUGCCGUGGCUGUUGGUUGGUGAUCGGCUGUUGAGGGAACGGUUGUUGGUUCCUGUGCCUGUUUCUGAUUCUGGCCCAGACACGCCCACGGAGGAGAAGCCCACAGACGAAAAACCCAAAUACACAUUCUCCCCCCGGUGCUCCGGCAUCACAGCCCGACACUACCUCAUCACGCACCAGGUCGAAAUUCCCCUGGCUUUUCUCGAGAUUUGGGCCAUGCUCAUGACUGAGACCACCGCACGUCGGGCCCUCGAGGAGGACGGGUUUGUCGUGCACGAGGCGGAUUUUCGUGGUGGCAGCGAGUCGGGGGAUGUGCUGUGGGCGUUGAUUAUGGCGCAGGAGGGUGAUGAGGAUAGUGAGGGUGAGGAUAGUGAUGGUGAGGGCGAUGAGAAGGGAGAUGGUGAGGAGGAAGAGGUUGUAGAGAGGGUGGUGGAUAAGGAUUGUCCGGCGGCAAAGUGGGCGCCGGGGAUUAUGUAG